AAAAUGACAGAAGAUUUACCAAUGGAUUCCCCUCCUUCAUCACUACCCCAAACUCCCCCAUCUCAUACAGGCACAGUGCCCCGUUCGGGCUCUCCAAUCCCGUCAGAUUUGCGGCAUCGUGUCCCAGCCAUAUUUGGUGGGCAUCCCCCUUCUUUUAUGGAAAAGAGACGAAGUUCUAUAGUUAUGGGGCAGCGUUCUGUAGACUUACUCAUGGAACAGCCCGGCGAACCUAUGCCUCGUUUUGUUAUUUUUAUCAUUAAAUGCUAUCGGAGAUGGGGUUAUUUCAUUGCUGAUCAUAGUUUAAAGGCAAUUCUCAUUUGUGUAUUAAUCAGUCUUGUUUGCCUUUAUUUUGUAUUGACAACAAAGCAAGAGAAUGAUAUUACUGGUUAUUCUCCAUAUGGAGCAAGAGCUAGACAAGAAUUUACUCGUUAUCAAGAAUUUUUCUCUCAUGAUGGACCGGGUAUUACUGUUUAUAUUUUUGCUUUAGCUAAGGAUGGGGGAAAUAUGCUCAGGGAAAGAUACCUCAAUGAAACAGUUGAAAUUUUAAAUUUGGCAAAUGAAAAUGUAACUUUACAACAAAAUGGCCAUAACAAAAGUUUUGCUCAAUUUUGCCGCAGUUUUUGUAAAAUUAACGAGCCUGUUAGGGGCUUUUAUAAUGGCUUUCGACUUCAAUUAGAAUCUAUAGCUAUGGGAAAUAAACCAAAUUCAAGAAUUAAAUUAAAUUAUCCAAAGUCUCAAAUUCUUGGACACACUUUUACUUUACAACAAAGCUUUUUUGGUGUUGAACGUUAUAAUUAUACAAAUGAAAUUGAAGAUAAAAAUAAUUUUAAUUUAACAGCUGCAUUACUUAAAGUAAAAGCUGAUGAAGAGGAGGAAGAAAAUAAAAAUAAAACAAAUAUUUUAAUAAAACAAAAAGAAUCGAAGAAAAAUAGAACUGGAAGGGAUAUUGAAAAUGAUAAUAUUUUAAAUUUAGAAAAUAAUUCAACGACUAAAAUUACAAAUAUAAAAUCGGUUAUUUAA